AUGGAGCAGCCAGUGAAAGCGCUGGCGAUAUGUCUGUUCAUUGCAAAGUCGACAGCCUGCAUGUGGCCUUCAUCCGAUGUCCUCUUCAUCAUUGAUGGCACUUUGAGCCUUGAUCAGUUCCAGUUCCAGAAAGAGAUUUCGUUCAUUAGUCAGACCCUAUCGAAUAUGAAGAUAUCAGAAGAAGGGCUACAGUUGAGCUUAGCUCAGUUUACUCCCAAAGGACGGCAAGAAUUUGGCCUUGAUAAAGCGAAAAGCAAUGUGGAAGCUAGGACGAGCAUUAGA